AUGUUGUUAUUCAUACCAAAUCCAGUCCCAAAACCUGUAGUAUUACUAUCCUUGUUCCAUGUAGACUGCGUACCAAACUUAUUAGUGUUAUUAAGUGCAUUAUUAGAUGAAUUAAAUGUAUUCAAUCCACCAGUAUUAUUAAAUCCACCAGUGUUAUUAAAUCCAAAUACUCCUGUGUUAUUAAACCCAGUAGUAUUAAAACCAGUAUUAUUAAUUUUCAUAUUUGUACCAAAUGGUGUAAUUUGA